UUUAUGAAUCACUUGGAAUAGCAGAAUGGGGAUGAAGAACCCGGUCUAGGUUCUGCCGAUUUUAAAAGGUCUCAGAGACGGUUCCCUCGUGGGUUGGCGACUUCGCAGCUCCGACACUCUCUCCACAGAGAUGGCCGGGGCGACGGCGGGAGUCGCAAAAGAAGAAUUCGUGUACAGGGUGAGCACGGACGAGGAAUGGGAAGAGCUGCAGAAGACCAAGGCGACGCUUGGCGGAGAUCUCGACCGCAGGACUGGUUGCAUUCACCUCAGCGACCUUCGCCAGGUAAAGAUGGUUUUGAACAACUUUUAUCAAGGAAGGAAGGAUCUUUACUUGCUCCAAGUCGACGCGGCGAAGCUUGGGGAGGGCUUAAUUUAUGAAGCGGUUGAUGAAUCCAACGCCUUUCCACAUUUCUACGGACCAUCUCGGAGUUUUAGACCUCUCUCAAUAGAUGCUGUCACCAGGGCAGAGAAAUUGGAACUGGUAAAUGAAGAAUUCACCUGUAGUCUACUUGAUCAAGCAUGAAGUUAAUUCUGCUCCCUCAGUUCAAUGGCUGUCAUGAAAAUGGGAUCGAGCCUGUUGUUCAAAAGCUCUAUUAGUCCUUGUAAAUUCGACAUUGAAUGAUGGUUUGCAUUUUAAGUAUUUUUACAUUGACAGACAAAUAUAAAAGUAUCCAUCAGUGCCUUAGCCUAUAA